AUGGGGUCUGCCGGGGGGCCCGUGGCGGGAAAACCCCCGGGCCUCCCGUCGUGUCGGACCAGUGGCCCGCGCGAAGGCGGGGACCCUCGGAACCGCUCCCUUAGGCCCCCCUGCAAAACUACGUCAAACGGCACCCCUGGGGCCUGCGGUGGCGCUGGCGGGGCCUUGGAGUUUGGGCCUUUCCCGAAAGGGAACCGGGGCCCAGGGGCCGCUGCUCCCCCGCAGACCUCCGGGGCCGGAAGGAGACUGUGGGUUCACGGGGGCAUUGUGGGGGCAGCUCAGGGCCUGGAGGUCAAUUGGCGUGGCAGACUGAAGGGGGCUGCCGGUGUAUGUGGCCCAUUGGGGGCCGUUUGCUGGGCCUUGCUACCUGAGCAGCAAGGGUGUGUCGACCUUUACGGAAACUGGGGAGGGUGCACGGGGAAGAUGGCCCUUCUUCGAGCUAAAGACUUUAAAUGA